CGCCGCUCGCCGUUUAAGCCUGUACGUGGCAGUCAGCUAGCGGCACACAGCAGUCGAGGCUGAUGCGGCUCCUCUCCCGCAACAAUUCACUCAUUCAAACGGACAACCCCGCACUCCGUACCGGACACGCAGAAGCGAGGAGCCCCGUCAGAGCCGCUAGAAGAGAGCAGCAGCGUCCACCAUGUUCACCGCCUCGGAGCUGGUCGUCCUGCUGGCCGUCCUGUCCGCCACCGCGUCCGGAUACUUCGUUAGCAUAGACGCCCAUGCCGAGGAGUGCUUCUACGAGCGGGUCAACUCCGGCACAAAGAUGGGCCUCAUGUUCGAAGUGGCCGAAGGCGGCUUCCUGGACAUCGACGUGGAGAUAACAGGGCCUGAUGGAAAGCAGAUUUACAAAGGCGACAGAGAGUCCAGUGGGAAAUACUCUGUGGCAGCACACAUGGACGGGACCUACAAGUUCUGCUUCAGCAACAAGAUGUCAACCAUGACACCCAAGAUCGUCAUGUUCACGAUUGAUAUCGGAGAGGCCCCCAAAGGCCAGGACAUGGAGACCGAAGGUGGUGACAGCUGGGAUGCUCACCAAAACAAGCUGGAGGAGAUGAUCAACGAGCUGGCGGUCGCUAUGACGGCUGUAAAGCACGAGCAGGAGUACAUGGAGGUUCGCGAGAGGAUACACAGAGCGAUCAACGACAACACAAACAGCAGAGUGGUGCUGUGGUCGUUCUUCGAAGCUCUGGUUCUGGUGGCAAUGACACUCGGACAGAUUUACUACCUGAAGAGAUUUUUUGAAGUACGGCGAGUGGUGUAAUGCGAUUACAUGAUCCCUCUGUGUCCUCCACUGUUUUUUCUCCAACACCAAGACAGUUCUGGAAAUGAGACUGGCAGUUUUGAGUAAAGCCUACAUAUGAUUGGAUCUCAGAUGUUUUGUUCUCCUGUUACUAUAUUUGGUUCCUCCUUAAAAACAAAAUGUAAUUAGUGUUCGUUUGGAACGAAUGGCCAAAAGAUUCUUGGAUAGAUGUCUGUUUUUAUUAGUUUUUCUUUUUUUUGUUUCACAAAUUAUUAUUAUUAUUUUUUUUGGUUCAAAACUGUUUGAUAAUUACAGUUUAAGCAUCAAUUACUAGCCAGUACAGUUUUGCCUGCGUGAAUGACUGUGAGGCUCAUAAUUUUAAGCAAAGGCAAGCAGAUGAAAAAGACAUAAAGGAAUAGGCAUGUGUGGAGUCUCCACAGGAGAAUGUAGCCCUUAUUAAGAUAUAAAUGGGACCCUUUUUCCUCUGAUAAAAAAAAACGGCAAAUGAGAAAAAAAAUAAACGCAUUUGAUUUUUGUCUGAGGUGCCUGAGGUUUCGUCCCAGCGUCUACGUCAAGUCAGACAAUGUGCCGGCAGAUAUGUGAUAUCUGUACAUUGUGUUAGCGCUCUCAAACAACAAAUUGCACUCCUAAUGAAUACGUCUAAAUAUCUGAAGGAUUUACACUGCAGCUGGUCUUUAAGGGAAACUGUGCAGCUUCUAGCUCCGUCUGUUGAUUCAUAGCUGAUCCAUGCCAUGAGGGGAGGGUUGGGGUGGUGGGGGGGGGCUUCGGUGGACUUGUUUUUGCGUGGGGAAACUGUGUAAAAACUCUACGUAGUUCCAAAAACGGCAACAGGCGCGUGGUUUUCUUGGCCUAAGAGUUCACGUGUUGAUUUCCUUUUCAAAACUCCUAAAUUAAACUUUCACUUAGCAGUAAGACCCGAGUGGCGCUGAGGCAGGGGGUGGAUUUUAAACUGAACUACUUGGGGUGCGACUCCAAAAACAAAGUGUAGAGGAAUACUGAAAAUACAUGUUACAUGUUGAUCGAGGCUGGCUGGCUGGGUAGGGGGUUGGGGGGGGGUCUGACACCUAAUGACUGCUGUGUGCUUUAGUUGCUUCUACUAUAGUUAUUUUGUUGGGGUUGGGAUUUUAAAUUAUAUGAUUGUAUACAAUUUUGAACCGUUUGUUUUUUCUUGGAGCAUUUCCUGUAACAUGCAGCUGUUUGGAUGAUGCCUUUCAAACGAAUCUCUCUUACCUUUUUCUAUCCCCGUACAAGGUAAAAGCUGGAGUCCAAGUAAAGUAGCUUCACAUCUAGCACACGGCUGCAGCAUCACAAGUGUUGCAUGUUACUGAUUAAUGCUCCAGUUUUGUAUUAAAAACAAUCUUUGGUGAGCUCAGGCAGGUGAACUGCUCUGUACACAGUCUCUUCCUUUUUGUGAUUACAACAAAAUCUGCUAAAUGGAUCUGUACAAAUGUAGAAUGGUUUGUCUGUGGAAAAUGCCCCAGGUUUCAUAAUAAAGCCAAUAUUCUGUACAAUUA